CGCUCUCUCUGCACAGGCCCCGCCGCACCUCCUCCGGCCUGGCUCUGCCCCCGCCGCCACCAGCCCCAGCGGCGCUGCAUCUCUUGCGUUUGCACGUGGGGCGUUGGGAACAUGCGCAUUGCUGGAGCUCAUCCUGCGCCGGCCGGACCGGCGGCGGCGGCGGCUGCGGCUGCGGCUCUGGCUCUUCCUUCUGCCGCCGCCGCUGCUGUCAUUUUCUCCCCUGUGGGGCGGGGAGCUGUCGCGGGCGGCUCCUCGUUGCCAGCCCCGCUGCGGGACUCCCCUGCCGCCGGCGGAGCCGCGCCGCCCGCCGGCUUGUGUUAUUGUUAGCCUGAGUCCCGGGGCGCCCGCGAGCGGCUCGGCGCGCGGGGGCGAGCAGGGGCCGGCGCUGCCUUUGGAAGUGCGGGUCCCGCCGCAGCGAGCAAGGCGGCAGCCGCCCCCCCCUCCCAGCGGGGGGCUGGGGGGGCCACCCCCCGAAGUCCCGGAGAUUCCUGGAAGAGACAUCCAUCAAUGCUACAGAUCACUUGAACAUCCGACCUUACAGAGACUGCAGAAAAAUGACCUUGACUGGGAAGCAAAGGGAAGUCACAAGAGUGUUCAUGCGACCCUCCCGAGCAUUAUGUUUCAGGUGCCCAAGACAGCCGGUAGAGAGCACUCAAGCUUUGUUUUCCUGUUGGGAGGAUCUGCAUGACGACCUGGGAGGACACUGCUGCCAGGUAGGAGACACCCACUGAAAAAAGAGAAGGUGCUUUCACCACAGAUGCCAACAUUCUCCAAGGAUUAAUCCCUUCAUCCUUAAAUUACACCAGCCUCUACUAAUAUCAUGGGACCUGACGGUGGUUUCCUAAGCAGUGGACAACUUCAUAUCAUUGUAUGGGGAAGUUUGGCAGCUGUGACAACACUCUUGUUCCUUACUUUCCUCAUCUUUCUGUGCUCCAGCUGUGACAGGGAAAAGAGGCCAAAACAUCAGAAUGAGGACCAUGAAAAUCUGAUGAAUGUGCCUUCAGAUAAGGAGAUGUUCAGCCAUUCCAUCACAAGUCUGGCUAUAGAUCCUCUUGUCAGCAGUGACCAGAAUGGGGGACUAAGUAAUGGGGAUGUUCUCUCAGAAGACAGCACAACUGCCUGCAUCCAGCCUUAUGAAGAAGUAAAAACUUCUGUUUCUGAUCUGUUAGACCAUCAGGACUCUCUGGGAAAGUCGAUAAAAUGUCACCAGAGCAGGGAGCUACCCAGAAUUCCUCCUAACGAUGCCAUGGAAACCAUCCUCUCCCCAAGAAAUAUCGAAAAUGAUCAGGGUCUUGGAAUGGAAGGGCCUUAUGAGGUCUUGAAAGAUAGCUCCUCUCAAGAAAACAUAGUUGAGGACUGCUUGUAUGAAACUGUGAAGGAAAUUAAGGAAGUAGGAGUAGCAGCCAACACUGAGAGAAGCUGUGGCAGCAAACCAAAGUGUACACUGACAGUUGCUGAAGGUCUAGAUCAGAUUCCUGAGUGCAGGACUGAAUCAGCAGAAUAUGCCUCUGUUGACCGAAAUAAAAAAAGUCGGCGAAGUACUAAUUCAGAGAGUCCUCUUGGCAACACUCCAGACAUGGAAGAUGAGGCUCCACCUCCUGUACCUAUGAAAUUUCUUGAUGAAAACGAGAACGUUCAGGAAAAGGGAGCAGAGGAGGAAGAAGAGGUUACUGAGGGGGCUGGUGAACCUGAUAAGAGGCUUAGUUCACUGUCUUACAAGUCUCGAGAGGAAGACCCGUCUCUUACAGAAGAUGAUAUUUCAGCUAUGUACUCUUCUGUGAGUAAACCAGGGCAGGCCAUCAGAGUGCUGGAUUCUACUUACACUAGUAUUCAAGAAGUUGUACCUCAAAGGUCCCCAUCUAUUUGCAGUGGCCUCUAUGCUAGCGUAAAGGACUUGGAAAACACCUCAGACAUUACCGCUGUGACUCAGUCAGUGGACAGGCCAAAUGGGGAGUCCGAGCCGGACUACGAAGUGGUCCAGUCAGUAAGCCAAGAGGAAGACAAGACCUUAUCAGUGCCUAACACCAGCCAAGCUGUUCUCCAAGGAGAGAAUGACUAUGAGAGUAUAGGGGACUUGCAGCAAAACUCUAGGGAUAUCACCAGACUUUAAUUGCCCUGGCAACAAGAUGAUGGCAAGUAUUAUCAACAGGUAUUUUCAACAGAUUCAUGUGAAACAAGAACAGGAAUAUUUUUCCUUUUGAACAACAAAGUCAAAGUAUAAGUACAGAACAAAAGUUAAAGACAAAGAAGCAAAACAUUUUUCAUCCAGGAUGCACUAUCUUGCUGGUUUUGUGAACCUCACUAGAAUGAUUACAUCUGUUGAGAAUUGAAAUUAAAAGGUUUAAAGGAUCCCUUUUUGUUAGAGUUUCAAGACAAUCAGUAUUUGGGAAGGAAUACAUUUGUCACUUCAAAGUGAUCAGUUCCUAAAAAUACUGUCAUUAAAGAAAACCAGCUUUACAUUUUUAAAUAUUAUUCUUGUCAUUAGCUUCAAAAUAUUUCUCAAGGAUCAUUUGCCUUCAAGUUCAGCCCUCCUCUUCAAAGAGCAAAUCUCAGAUUAUUUUAGCUCCAUACUUCAACUCAGACUUUCUUUGCGGGGACAGGAAAAAUGAGUUUAACUUUAAACAGGAGGAGCUCUGCAUUUCAGUAUAUUAGGACUGUGAGCUCUUGCAGCCAGAUGUGAUAGGAGAUGGAAACAGAAUAUUAAUGUGUUCCAUUCCAGUUUUAUUACUGCAAUGGUCUAAACAAAAGGUACUUCAGUUCACAAGUGACUUACAUCAAUAGUACUUGAAUUCAUUUUGUAGAGUCCAUGUUUUUUUAAGUCAAGCUUUAGAACUUGACUGUCAGUAUUAAGGACUGGUAUUUGUAGGGGUUGUUUGUUGCCUUUUUUAAAAUUAUCUGGGAGCAUAUUGCUUUAAAACUGUAGCCUUAACAUUUAGGUUCUGUCUCACACAUUCAGACUUACACACACAGCAUUUGAGCAGCUGUCGUGUUACAUCUGAAGGGCUGUGCAAAUGGAUGUCCAGUCCACAUUAACGCAGCAUUGACCUCAUCUUUAAGAAAUCUGCUUCUUUUAAGUUACUCAACUUAAAUGUAAUCAGAUCAAAAUGUAAAAAACAUAUUUUUUUAUUAUGAGAAUUUAUUUACUGGGUGUGGUACAUGGGGGUUGAUAUUUUAAGUUUUAUGCUUACUUCCUAACAAAUUUUCCAUGUUCAAAAAUAUUGUACAUUAACUUUUAUGUAACAAAAAAAUUAUCCUGGUUUUAAAAACAUUACCUAUUAGUUGUAAUAGAAGCACAUAAAUGAAUACUUUAAUUGUUACUAGGCUUUAUCCAAUUUCUAAGCAGGUGUGUAGAACAUGCCUUGCUGUUUUUUCAAAAAUCUAAAUCAUUCAGUCUGUGCAAAGACCACUUUGUUAAAAGGCAAAGAGAGAAAAGAAGAGGAUGAGAAAUGUUCAGGGAAAGCCCUGGUGCUCACCAUUCCUAUACUAAAAACUAAUGGGAAAAGAAAACAGCAAGGGAGGAGAAGAAUCUCUUGGGAUGAGAUGGUAAUUGAGCAUUUUGGCAACCAGUUUUAAAAUAAGUAUCAUUCCAGAGAAUUCAAGUUACAUGGUUACUAAUAAAAACAAAGGAUAUGGCUUAGAGAGAUUAAAUAGAUAGGUGUUUUGCUGGUUCUUUUGUUUCUUUCAACACACCAUAAUGGACCACACUAAGAACACAGGAAAAUGCACCACAUCUGGUAUAUGUGUGUGUGUGUUAUUUUAUACACACAAACACAGCUGCAAAAUUUAAAUCCAAAUUUAAAUUUCUUCUUCUCCCAAAAUUUGAUAGUGUUCAAAUCCAUGGGACAUCUCAUGUUCGUAUAUGCAAUAUUAUAUAGUGUGUGUUUGAAAAUGUUUGUUUUUGCUUUAAAAAAUAAAAGCAAAAAGAUAUGCAUACACUGAGACUGGCCCAGUAAUAGCUGUAAUAGCCUAUAUCUGUUUCAAUUGGUAUUAAGCAAUACUGGUAUUUUUUACCAGGGAUGUAUCAAAUCUAACUGGGUAUUUUUGUAACUUAUGGGCAUAGUAAAUACUUGGUCUCAUAAAGCACUACAUACCAAACAUGAAUUUGUUUAAAAACACACAGUUAUAAAAGUGAUUAUUUUAAACUUUAAGCAGUAAAUUCAUUCAUUACUAUACAAGACACAUUAGAAUUAUUUUGUGAAGCAGUGAUACUUUUCAGUGAAAUCUUGCAGUAUCAGAGCAAUGAAAACUUUCUGGAUCCUGACCUCCCACUCACUCUGGGACAUUUGGGCUGUGACUCUUCGUGCACAUGCAGAGGCAGUUCAGACUAAGCCACAAGUAUCUUGGGCCUGGCUCAAAGUCCUCUCAAUGCUUUCAUCCUUGUACCAGAUUGUCUGCCUCCAGUUCAUUGUUUCUGCCUCUUCCACCUUUCAAAGCUGAUUUUGGGGGAGCAGCAGCCACAGUCUUUUCCCCCUAUUUUCCCAUUUCCUUUCCUCAAAAAUUUUGGAGGGAUCCUGCUGGGAUCCUUCUUUGCCUAUUCUUCCCACCCUCCUCAUGGCAGCAAAGGUCAAGAGGCAUACGAUUUGUAAGGAAAUCUUCUCAGGAGCCACAUAUGGGGAGAUCUGCCAAGACUACUCCCUAGGGGGCUCAGAGACUGGGGGCUAGUUGGGGCAUUUAUAUCUCUUCACACCCCUGAGAUUCCUUUGUGGGGAUGGAUCAGUGCGCUUCAGCUGUUGGAAGCCAGCAAACAGAACACUCCUCCCUCAUGAAGGACUCUUUGGGGCAAGUCCAAAAUUCCCAUUCAGCCUCCAGGUCCAAUCCACCUUUAAAGAGAAAUGUGCCAGGGUCCCAUCCCAAGUUCUUACCUGGAUAAUGUAAUCACUUGACAAGGAAUCUGGCAUCUCUUCUCACUCUUUUCCAAGAGUAAGAUCUGGACUCUCAGUGAUGCUUCCACUGCACUUCCUCUUCAGCUGUAUAUUGGAUGAGGGGAAGCACCAGAGCUCAGCAGCAUCCUUCGGCAGAUGUUUCAAACCAGGGUCAUAAAUAGAUUAAUACUAGUAUUUGUAAGGCAGAGGGACAUGCUUUGCCUGGCCUUACUUCUCUCUCCUUUUCCCUUAAUUCCUCCAUGCUCACUACGUCCCAAAUGUCUCAUAUUAGGGGUGAGGUCAGUAUCCAGAACAUAAUAUUUGCUAUCUAAUGAUUUUCUUUCUACGGCCUGUUCUACACUUUUAAGUUUCGCUGGCAUAGCUAUGUUGGUUAGUAGUGUGAAAAAAAUCACACCCUAAUCAGCAUAGCUGCAUCAGCAAAAGCCCUAGUGGAGAUACCAGCAAAUACCUUUGGCUGGAAUCACUAAUUUCUUUCAGGGAACUGGUGUAAACUAUGCCAGCAAAAUAACUUUCUUUGUCAGUAUAAACUAAUAUCUCACGAUAUAAACUGUCUCUUCAUUAGGAGCUUUUGCUGAGUUAGUUUUAUCCAGCAAAUCUUUUCUAGUGUAGUCAAGGCCUAAAACUGAUCUCUCCUCCAGCCACAAAGAUAAAGCCACAGAGUAUCUAUAUAACAUCCUUAUUGAGGCCCAUGUACCUAGUUACCAAAAUAAUCUAAUCUAUUCAUAAUCUGAUCUACUGAUGAGUAUUCAGUGUUUCCAUACCACUUUGUAAGUGUUCAUUUAGUACAGAGGUAGAGAGGAUGUGGCCAACCCCUGAAGCCUCUUGGACAAGUCAGAACUGACUCUGCAAUUUGUAGGAAGAGAGGAACACAGACUAAAUGUCUUGGAAAGUCAGAAUGGUCAGGCCCAGGAUGGGAAUAGCCAUGUCACAAUCUUUCCAGAAAGAUAGAUGUUACAACAAAGCCUUGCAAUGAAGAAUUAUUGAUCUUCUUUUGUAAAUCUUUAGUGAUCCAGUGAGCUUUCAGGCCGGGAGCGUACUGGGUCUACAUCUGUCUAAGAUUAAUAGUUGCUCAUGGUCUUUUGCAUAAAAAUCACUUGUAAACUUGCUCAUAUGUAGCAGGGUGAAUAGUAUUAGAAAAAAAUGGCAGGAGGGAAAUAGGUGCUGUGAUUCAGACUCUCAUUGGUCACCCAAAGCUGAAAUCUUCCACAGUAGCAGUUGGCUAAGUGUUAACUGCUGCAUCCUUCAGGACAUAACAUAUUGUGCCUUUAGGAAUCCAUCUUCCAAAGAUUCUUCUGGGCUGUAUACUUUUCCAUGGAUCCCUGCACAGCUCCUGCUCAUACUCUUGCUCAAAAUUCUGUACACCUAGUGUUCUCUGUUGUUAAACCUUUUAAUGGUGCUUUUUAAGAUGCUGGAUAAAUGGUUUCAAUGUGCUUUCUCAAAGCUGAAAUGUAAAGCUGUGACAUACAUCAUUCUCUGUUGCAAUGUGUACUUUCCAGAACUUCGCUUUAGCAGUAUUAUUCUAACUGCAAAACUCUCUAGCAGUGCUUCCUUUUUUCUCGUCAGCUCACACAGAUUCAAAAUGGAGUCUUCACACCUCACAAGUCAAUCAGUGUUUAAAAUCAGCCAGUCAGAGCCAGUGCCUUGGCUGAGGCUCAGUUGGACACAUGAAGGUGUGAUCUGUACAUUAUGGGGUUGGAAUAAUAUAUAAAUGGGGCCCAGUUCAGGGACUCACCUCCCACUCCCAAUUCUAUAUAUACAUUUUACUUUGUAAUCUAUCUAAUGAAAUAUAGUCCUGAAACAUAAAUUGAAUCGGAGUCAAAUUCUGAGGUCCUUUCUUUGCCUUUAAACAGGCAAACUCUAAUUUAAUUCAGAUUUGAAUCACUGACUUCAAUUGGAGCAUACCUGAGUAAGGCUAUUGGACCUUGCCCAAAUGAAGAACUUGGCAUUUAGCUUCUUGUAAAAUACAAUUCAGAAAGAAUGACUCAGCAUCUAAGACAGUGGUUUGUUGCGCUGUUACAGACUACAAACCAAACAUUGUUCUUAGGGAAAGAAGCUCAACUUUUAUUGACUUGGAUGAGUAUUGCAACUGCUUACACCAGUGCAGAAGUUGGUCCCUACUGUCUCUCUAUAUGUAGGUAGUGAUGGAGGACAUUGUGAAGGGAGCUCUCAAUCUGAAGAAAGGCAGGAAGAUAUAUUUCAGCAUCCCUUCCCAACUAGCCAUAGCUUUUAGUGAUACAGGAAUUGAUAGAUUCAUAACACUGAAGAGAUAAAUGGGACAAGGGAAUUCCCACACUCAGAUAAUUAUCUGAAGUCCCUUCCUUGCAGAACAGAGAGCUCCAUCAUAUAUACCGUUGAAUGGGUCAGUAUGGAAGAACCCAUGCUCAUAAUUCUUAUGUUCCCCCCCCUCACCCCAACCUAGAAACAUGCAAUAGAUUUAUUGCCUAAGUGCCACUUUUUCAGUAGUGCUAAAGCAUACCAGGUGCACUGGGCAUUGUGCUUCUCUUGAGGGCUAGUCCAAACAUGAAUGGUGAUUUCUGAUGUGAUCAGUUUCUGAUGUGACCCAGUGAUCAGUUUACAAAACAUAACUGCACAUCUUGCAUAUGUAAACGACUGGUCAGUGUGUAUCAUGCAUCUGUCCUCAAUCCACAGAGGACAUGAGUCGGCUACAGUGCCUGGCUGUCUAAUUCAAACUAUAACAACGCAUGCUUUUAGCUCUGGAGGGCCCCAGUUCAAACCCUUGCCAAGCUGGAAAUCAUCACACACAGGCUGACAAAGUGCCUGCAGCUAAAGAUAUAAACAGAUCACUGUUUCUGCACAAGAGUUAUUAGGCUGAUCUUCUGUACAUGCUGUGUCCUGCUGUUUACUUUCUAAACUUAUGGCUUUCAUUUAUGUUCUUUUUACCCUUUUAAUAGUCGUUGCUUACAAGUUUUGUAUAUUUAAAAACCCACUGGCUAAUUUUAACAAGCAUGAGUACAUGUUUGUAAUAGAAAAGAUAAAAGGAGACUCUUUGGUUUAAAGGGCAGCUAUGUUCAAAGGGUAGCUGUGUUAUUUCUUCCUGUUUGUAUAAAAAUAACAAACUGUUCAGAUGAUUGGAGGGUACUUAAAGUUGAUUUUGUUUUAAAGAUUCCAUUAUUUAUUUUAUUUGGGAUAACUUCUUUUCAGUACAAUAUAAUGUUGCCACCUCUUGUGUUUUAUAUGAAUCUUAUAAAAUUUAGUAUUGGGGAGGUGGGCGUUCAGUGUCUCCAGCUCCUAGAAUCCUGUGAUUACUUGAGAAUCUCACCUUUUUAAUUUUUUAAUGAAAAUUUCUAAUGCCUCAUACUUGCAGAGAAAAGGUUGAAAACAUGACAAAAGUGUAACCAAAAGGGUCUACAACCCAAGACACAACUUUUAUUUUUAAAAAAGUCACUGUUUUUUUAACACUGGGAGUUGGCAGUGCUGAAGCUCUGACUUCGUAAUGCCCUGAAAGAGACUUAAAGUAUUUCAUUUCUGGCUUUCACUAUAGGUUGGGUUUGUAACAUCUAUCAUUUAUGGAGCUGUUUGGUUAUUGGUGUUUUUUGUCACAUUGACAGAAAUCAGCAUUUUAACAACACUUCAGUCCUUUUUGAAAUAUGGCUUAGCUGUCAGGGAGUAUGGACACUGCAUCAGAUUGAGAAUUUAGAGUGGAAUUUUCAACAGCAGCUAAUUGAUUUAGAAGAAUGGGCCCUAUGCUCCUAAGUCACUUAGGUCCUUUUGAAAAUCACAGCCUUAAGGACCAGAUCCUGCAGAUCUUACUCAGGUGAGUAGCUGUCACCUCAGCAAGCUGCUCAGCUGAUAAGCAAGGAUUGGUGAAACAUAAACAGACCAUAUGAUAAAAAAGUAUUUUAAAAAACACACCUAAGGGGACAAGAACUUUUCAGGCUCUAGCAAGCAAGUGCAGUCUCUCAAAUACCUGAGGACACUUGCAUUGUGCUUUUAUCCUUGAGGCUAUAUCGGAACUAUUACUUAGCCCAUUUCCUCAGGGUUUUCCUACAAGCAACCAGCUCCAGUCUACUGCUCUGGCUUUGCACAGGCAACCGAAUUUUCCUAGUAGCUGCUGAUUUGGCACCUGUGUCUCCCUUAAUUAUUUCCAUCUGGGCCUGUCUCUUCUCCUGGAAGCAGCUGUUUGCUUCACAAGCUUUAACUCAUACCAGGAAAGCUAGCUGAUCCUCCUCAGGCAGACCAGUUUUCCAAUUUAAAGAAAAGGGUGUUGAGAGUCAAACUGCCAAAACAGAAAGGAUGGUUUCUUCUUAGGGGUGAAAUGUAGAAUGCUAUAGCAACUGGAAGAAGAAUAAGAAAAGGAAUGACAGGUAAGUUUCAUUUAUGUUUCAGCCAUAUCACAAAGAUGUAUUCCUCCCAGGAAAGAUUCCCCUAGCAAGAGAGACUGCAGUUCAAGGGGAACAUUCCCAAUGCUUAUGAAGAGAUGAAUGCAGCUCCCCCAUCUCUCUUCGGGAGUGUUGCUCCUGAAGGUUUCCGUAAGCCAAGGGUUCUCAAACUUCAUUGCACUGCAACCCCCUUCUGACAACAAAAAUUACCCCAGGACCUCAGGAGGGGGAUCAAAGCCUGAGCGCCCCCGAGCACCGCCACCCCAGAUGGGGGGGGAUCCCAAAGCCUGAGCCCCACCACUCCAAGCGUGGGGGAGGAGGGGCAAAGCCCAAUGGCUUCAGCCACAGUCAGGAGGCCUGUAACCUAAGCCCCGCUGCCCAGCUCUGAAGCCUUUGGCCCUGGGCCACAGCAAGUGUAAGCCAGCCUUGGUGAUCCCAUUAAAAUGGGGUUUUGACCCACUUUGGGGUCCCCACCCACAGUUUGAGAACCGCUGCCUUAUGCAAAAAGAGGCAAUGCCAGGAAUUCUCUCCUCCCUCUGCCCCAUGCAGUACUCUGCUAGCUUUUUUGAAGAGCCCAGAAAAACAAACAAAAAUUAUGAAAACCUAACUUCUAAUUAGUCAGCACUGUAUGGGAAAUCUCAAAUGGACAAAUUUUACAAUUGUAGUGAUGGAAAUCCUAUUUAACCACUGCCUCCAAGGUGGUGAUCUGCACAGUGCACUAAUGGACUGUGACUGAAAUCAUAAUUGGCCUCUUUGAUUUCAGUAGGAUUAUUCGCAAAAGUAAGAGUUGCAGGAGCAGGCCCUUAGAUACAAAACAGCUAAUUUGUGUUUCUGUGAGUAUUCUGUGUAUUACAACUGAAGUGAUAAAAGGUUCUUUAUUUCUCUGACCCUAGUCUACAAUCAAUCAUGACUUCCACUGCACCAAAUAGAAAUACGGAGUUUAGUGGCUAUUACAAAAGAGUAUGCCUUGGUAAUAAUUCUCCAAGGAUUUGCUUUAAAGCAGGUGUUAUAGAGAAUAGCUAGGCUUCAGCACAAAAAUCUUAAAUUAUGUACGAGACAUCAUAUUCUUAAAGCAAAUGGGGUUUAUAUUUGUAAUUAUAGACACUUGUUUUUAGUUUAACUAUUGUUCUAAAAUGGAAAAACAUUUUUUAUUAAAAUGAUUUCCUCGUAAUGGUCUAUUAAGGAACAAAUAGUGUUUUCUGGGCUAUAGUUGACUUUUGUCACUGAGAAGAACUGCAAAAAUUAUCUAACCAGCCUGAUUUGAAAAUGAGAUGAUUAGAACUGUAUCCGGCUAUCAUAUCUAGGACUAGAUACAGAGAACAUGUUAAAUAUACGGUAUGUAGUUCAGAUGCAAGGAUAGUGAGACCUUUAAAGAAAUGAUUGUAAUAUAUGAAAGUGCAAUCAGUGCAUGCAGACUUCCAAGAUGGCAGCAUCUGAGGUUUCUUUGCAAUAUGGUUGGUGAUUUGGCUUGCUACCUUUGAAAUCAAUAUAGUUUUAUUCACAGAACCAGCAAGCAGUAAAGUAGGUUAGUUUUCAGAAAUUAUGUUCCAUAAACUGUAGCUUGGCUGUAAUUUCAGGGCCUGUACCAUUAUGAAAGUAAUUCAGAUCCAAAAUACUAAGUUGUGGUUUUGUAAAUUGAAAAAUGACAUGAAGUUCCUUUCAACUUGGGGUGGUUUUUUUGUAGUUUUUUUUUGGUGGUAAUAUGUAUGAUCUGGUGUAAUCUAGCUCUGCCAUUAUUCUAAGAAUGUGCAUUUGAUGUUUCUAGCCAAUUUAGCUUUUGGCUGCUGAAAGCACAGUAGGUAAUUAUGGUUAUUUACUGUAAAUAUAGACAAGUUGUAUGUAAAUAAACUUUUUUGCCCUGAUGUAACUUAAGUAUGAGACAAGUUAUGUAAAAGUAAGAACACAGGUCAAUAAUUUAAAAUAUAGGUUUUAAUUAUGUACAGCAGUACCCUAAUCCUUAUUUGUUUAUAUGCAGGUGAAAUCUUCAUAUUCUGUACUGUACUCUCUGAAAAGCUUUUAAAAUAGGCUCUGCCAUUUUUCUGAUUCAUAUGAUAUUUGCAUAUCGCUUUUGAAUAUAUUGGUGAUCCGUGUAAACAAUGUCAAACUGAGUAAUGUUUCACAUUGAAAUGAAAUGAAACACAUCAAAUUUUAAAAAUCGUAGGGAAAUUCAGUCGAUUGAAAUUCUAUACAAAUUUAAUCAAAACUAAUAACUACAAUAAAUCAGUUUUGUCACUUUU